GUCAUAAAACUCUAAGAAGAAGAAGUUGUAACCCUGCGUAUGAAAUAUGAGGACUGUGUUGAUGGUAGCAGAGAAGCCGUCGUUGGCGCAAUCUAUAGCGAAAAUAUUAUCAAAAGGUAGCUGUUCCACACGAAAAGGCCUGAAUGGAGCAUGCUCAGUCCACGAUUACACCGGAAGCUUCAUGGGACAGACCGUGCGAUUCAAGAUGACAUCUGUGUGUGGCCACGUCAUGAGCCUCGACUUCAUAGGGAAGUAUAACAACUGGGACAUGGUAGAUCCAGGAGAGCUCUUCAGCAAAGCCCCAACAGAGAAGAAGGAGGCCAAUCCAAAACUGAACAUGGUGAAGUUCUUACAGGUUGAAGCCAAAGGAUGUGAUUAUGUUGUGCUUUGGUUGGAUUGUGACAAAGAAGGCGAGAAUAUCUGCUUUGAGGUUUUGGAUGCUAUUACGCCAGUCAUGAACAAGUCGUAUGGUAAUGAAAGCACAGUGUAUCGUGCAAAAUUCAGCUCCAUCACUGAUAUGGACAUCUGCAACGCCAUGAACCAUCUGGGAGAGCCCAACCGCAAUGAGGCGCUGUCUGUGGACGCCCGCCAGGAGCUGGACCUCCGCAUCGGCUGUGCCUUCACACGUUUUCAGACCAAGUACUUUCAAGGCAAAUAUGGUAACCUGGAUGCCUCCCUCGUCUCCUUUGGACCCUGUCAGACCCCUACUCUGGGUUUCUGUGUGGAGAGGCACGACAAAAUCCAGUCAUUCAGGCCUGAGACUUACUGGGUCAUCCAGGCCAAGGUGUUUAGGGGAAAGGAAAGCCCCCUGACCCUGGACUGGGAUCGGGUGCGAGUGUUUGACAGAGAUGUCGGCCAAAUGUUUGUCAACAUGGCCAAAACAGCCAGGGAGGCACAGGUAGGUUUAAAAAAAAAAAAUACAGCUCUCCUGGUUUGGUGCUUGCUUGGUCCUCCGGUGAAACAUUGAAUUGUGCCAAUUUUUGACCAAUUCUGUCAGG